AUGAUUAUCAUUUCAUCUUACACAACUGUCAAAGCAAAGAGAAUAUUACUUAAACAUUAUCAACCGACUAAAGAAGAGUUAAAAGAAUUACGGGUUCGCGGAUUAUACCCCGAGCAGUUUUUAAACAAAAAAAAAAACAAUGGAAGAAAUACAGACUCUUUUGAAAAAGAUAUAAUUGCGAAACCACGAAAAAACCCAAAUUUAAAUAUAUCCAUAAACUCGUCCACACUAACACCACCACAGCGCGAGGUAAAUUUGCUCGACGCACCGCACAAGGCUCCGCCAUUACCGCCAAAACCGACUCGCAGAUCAUUAAAAGGUGGUGAAGAUGGAUCCCUGGUAACGCCAAAGAAUGAGCCGGCCUCACCGAUUACAAAACCGCCGUUACCACCGAAGCCCGUUCGCACACCGAGCAUGAAAAAAUGGUUGAAGGAUGUAGAAGUUUCGGGAAGUGGUAGGGAUGCUCAUGUCGUCUCGGGCGAAGGUGAAGAUGAUGCGGACAGUUCCGAUUCCGACGACGAGGAUGACGAAUACGUUCAUAAACAUACUUCGUUGCUUCAUCGACGUUCAUCAUCCCCCAACCUAACCGAUUCAACAAGGAGGCGCCCGGGUAUAACGGAAUCGCUCACAGAUUCACCUACCGAUGAGGAGAGUCCCUAUUCCUCUCAUUUGACAUCUCCCACCACCCCCGCGUCAUUUUAUAGCGCCAUAGCAGUUCCGUUGUCGAUGCCAAAUUUAUUAGAUCAACGACCGAAAAUGAUUAGCGUAGUACCAGAAGGCGCGGUAAAUCCAAAUUACCUGGUACCCGCCACAACCAUGAGCGAAUCAGAUAACACUCAAUCGCCAAGUUCAACAUCAUCUUCUCAAUACACCGAUCACGUUCCAGAAAUUCCGGCCUCGCCAUUAUUGAUUCAUCAUGCACAAAUUGAACAAAAAAUCUUGACAUUGGAAGCAAAAUUGGUAGAAUAUCGAAAAAUUUCAAAAAUGAGGGAUGCCAAUCAUUCCGAUAAGGGAGAGGAUGGUCAAGCUUGGUCCGAACUAUCAACCGAUGAGAUCAACGACGCCAUUGUAAAAUAUGGAAAUACCGUUGCGGGGCUCAAGAAAACAAUCACAAGAUCUCGUAAACUCGUGUUUAAGGCGGCCAAUGAUCCAAACAUUUUGGAGUUCGCACCACACAUGAUAGCAUAUCAAUUAACACUCAUAGAGUCUGCAAUCUUUUUGGAGAUUGAUCCGCAAUCUUUACUCACGCAUUCACCCAAAAAUCCAGAUCCGAAAAUAACGGCAUCCACCGACUUUUUUAAUUACCUAACACGGAUAGUGGAACGUUCCAUCUUAUUGUCCAUCGAGGCAUCAUCACGUGCACAGAUAAUCAAUCAUUGGGUCAAGGUUGCGGUCAAACUACAUGAGCUACGUAACUUUCAGACUUUAAAAGCCAUCCUCGCUGCUUUAGGCACACCACAGAUAAAGAGGCUAAAGAGAACCUGGGCGUGCAUUCCAAAAAAGAGCAUGGCGAAGUUAGAUAAUUUAAAUGAGUUAAUGAGUGAAACAAGGAAUUAUGAGAA